AUGCGACGGCUGGCCGGAUGUCCCGGCGUCGUCUCGCUGGCUGGAGCAUGGGAAGAUUCUCGCGCAGUGCAUCUAGUCAUGGACUUGUGCGCGGGUGGGGACCUGCUGCGCCUCGUAGAGUUGGCGGACCACCUCGGGGAAGCUUGCGCGCGCGCGGUGUUCGCAGAGAUUGUGCGGGCAGUGGCGGAGUGCCAUGCGCGGGGAGUGCUGCACCGGGAUUUGAAGCCAGAGAACCAAACCCUUCUCCCCCCCUCUCCGUUCGCCCUCCCUGGGGAGGAAGCUUUUUCUCUAAAGCCGCGAGCAGAUUUGUUAGAAGCGGCAGAUAGCUCGUACGUGAAGACAUGGUUCAACCAACCCGCCCGCAAGAAGCGCAGACGGAUCGCGAGGCAGAAGAAGGCCGUGAGCAUCUUCCCGCGCCCUACAGCGGGGCCCCUGCGGCCGGAGGUGCACGCGCCUAGCAUCCGCUACAACUCCAAGAUCCGCGAGGGCCGCGGCUUCACCCCCGCCGAGCUCAGGGAGGCGGGCAUCCCCAUUAGGGUUGCGCGCACCAUCGGUAUCUCCGUGGACUCGCGCCGCCGCAACCGCAGCCUGGAGAGCCUGCAGGCGAACGCCGCGCGUCUCAAGGCGUACAAGGCCAAGCUCGUCGUGUUCCCGCGCCGCUCCAAGAAGCCGAAGGCUGGCGACGCCUCGGCCGAGGAGCUGGCAGCCGCCGUGCAGCACGUGGGCGCCGUCCUGCCCAUCGUCAGGCCCGCCAAGGACGUGCCUCUGGAGGCCGUUACAGAGGAGCUUCGCUCAGUCAAGGCCUACGAGACUCUCCGCCAGGAGAGAACCAAGGCUCGGCUCGCAGGCAUCCGCAAGAAGCGCGCUGCGGACAAGGAGAAGGAGGAGAAGAAGUAA